GAAUUACCUCCUGCUGUCUUUCUCAGACGAUCGAUUCCUCAGCUGGAGCCGCCGUACACAAAUCGCCGUAUUCGUAUUCCGAAGCCAUGUCCGCCUUGCGUCUCGCGAAUUGCCUCGCCGCUACUGGUCCGAUUUGCGGAGACUUCGCCGAGAAUCGGAUCAGCAGCUCUAGAAGCAGGCCCGGCGAUUCAUCCUUCGUUACCGACCCGGCGAAGCUUUCCGCCAGAAAUGUUACUCAGCGAGCAUCGCGAAGCCUUGGAGAGAGGCCGUCCGCCACCGUCGGUUCAUCUCGCAAUCUGACAGUCGUCGCGCAUGCGAACAUUGCGACGACCCCUGCGAUGGGAACGACUACGACAGUGGAUCCGACGUCGCCCGAUUUCUGCGGCGAGGACGGAACAGUGCUCGUGCGACCACUGGCGGACAUCCAAGGCGGCGACAGGGAGGGGAAGAAGUUCCACGUGCACACCUUCGGAUGCCAGAUGAACAUGGCCGAUAGUGAGCGCAUGGCAGGCGUCCUGGAGGCCAUGGGGUACGAGGCCACGGACGACCCGGACGAGGCUUCUGUGCUGGUGUACAACACGUGCAGCAUCCGCGACAAGUCCGAGCAGAAGGUGUACUCCGCGCUGGGCCGGCAGCGCGAGCGGCGGCGGCGGGACCCGGGCAUGCGCGUGGUGGUGGCGGGGUGCGUGGCGCAGCAGGAGGGGCAGGCGCUGCUGCGGCGCGUGCCGGAGGUGGACAUUGUGAUGGGGCCGCAGCACGCCAACAGACUGCACGAGCUGCUCGAGCAGGUGGAUCUAGGGGCUCAGGUGGUGGCAACCGAGCCGAUCCACAUAGUAGAAGACAUCGCCACGCCCAGGAGGGAAUCGAAGGUGACAGCUUGGGUCAACGUGAUAUACGGGUGCAACGAGCGGUGCACGUACUGUGUGGUACCCGGCGUGCGAGGCACGGAGCAAUCGAGAGAGCCGGAGGCAAUCAAGCAGGAGAUGCAGCGACUGGCACAGGCAGGCUACAAGGAGGUGACGCUGCUGGGGCAGAACAUAGACGCGUACGGGCGGGACCUGGGCGGCUCAGCGGAGGAUGGGUCGGGCCGGCGGAGGUGGACGCUCACGGACCUGCUGCACUACGUGCACGACGUGGAGGGGAUUGAGCGGAUCCGCUUUGCCACGUCCCACGGGAUUGAGCGGAUCCGCUUUGCCACGUCCCACCCGCGCUACUUCACGGAGCGCCUGAUCAGGGGGUGCGCUGAGCUGCCCAAAGUGUGCAAGUUCUUCCACAUCCCCUUCCAAUCCGGGGACAACGACAUCCUCAAGGCCAUGGCCCGGGGCUACACAAGGGAGCGCUAUCUCGACAUCCUGGCCACCAUUCGCCGCUACAUGCCGGAUGCUGCCAUCAGCGCUGAUGUCAUCGUCGGUUUCCCUGGGGAGACGGAGGAGCAAUUCCAGAACACUCUGCGAGUCAUGGAAGAGGUUCGGUUUGACCAGGUCAACACAGCGGCCUACUCGCCCCGCCCCAACACACCUGCAGCCGAUUGGCCCAACCAGGUGGCUGAGCUGGUGAAGAUCGACCGCCUGCAGCGUAUCAACGAGCUGGUGCUGCAGCACUGCUUGGAGCGCAACCAGCGGUACCUGGGGCGAGUUGAGAAUCUGCUGGUGGAGGGGGUGAACGAGCGGCCGGGCAGACAGGGCGAGGUCAUGGGGCGAACAGACACCAACCGCCUCACUUUUUUUCGGGGAAGCCCGGACCUCAUCGGACAGAUAGUGCCGGUCAGAAUCACGGAUGUGAGGGCAGUCAGCCUCACUGGCGAACUGGUCUCUGAUGCUGCUGCUGCUGCUGCUGCUGCCACUACAAGUGUUGUUGCGUGAGACGAUGUUCUGCUAUGUGAUGUGAUGGUGAAUGAGAGGAGGGAACUGGCCAGUUGAAUGGAUCAUAGAGGAAAGCAGGGGAAGCACACAUGCUCAUGCUGCUGGCUGCAGUGUUGCUGCUUGAUGUGUGUAAAUGCCAUACUGUCAUGCUGGUGACAGGUAGCUUCGAGUAAUACUAGGAAAUUGGUUUCAUGUUUACUCAUCUAACAAUUGGCACAUAUGGGACUAGGGGGAUGGCACGUGAAGCAAAGGGGAACCAUCAUCUCUAUAACAUCUCUGUAAGA